CUAUUGCACAGAGGAAGCACAGAUCUAGAGAUACAAGAUGAGAUCAGAAUCCAACCUACAAUUCUGAGACGUAUUGUUGAAAAUAUCUGAUGGAUCUGCAUUCUACUGUUUACACUUGAACUCAGUCCUUCCACGAACCUGAGAAUGAAGAGUGGGAUAUGUGAUAUUGUUUUGAUUCUUUUCCUCCUAGGAGGACGAGUUGACAGCUUUAUCUAUGGGAAUGUUCCUGAUUGUGCAGUUCAAGGUCUCCAGGUUGGAGCAGGGUUGGGAACUGUAGCUGGGGCUGUUGGUGGAGUAGCUGUGUCAGGCGGAGCAGCUACUUUAGCUACUUGUCCAACCAUGGCUAUAACAACACUAGCUGGGAGCAGCUUAGCUGGACCUGCUGCUCCAUUAAUAGCUUUACUUCUCGGAGCUAUCCUGGGGGGUGUGGCAGGAGGUACAGCGGGAGGGGCGUACACAUGCCAUGUAGAGCAUGGACAUUACGUCAUCAAGUAUAAAAACCCUGCUCCACACUCCUACCAGUACAGGGCUCCCUCGCAGUACAAUAGGAGUCCUUACCUACACCUCAAAAAGAUGGGUUUUGCGGAAGGAGCUGAACAGGACAGGGUUGGAUCGGACGAUUAUGAUGGGACGGGACUGAAUCCUUGGUUAUCGUCUUUAACAGACAGGUCAGACGAGACUAGCAUGCUAAUGAGAAGAUUCGGAUCUGCUGUAGACGAGGUUGAGGUGGAUGAGGACGGUUGGAGGGUUUCACUAGACCUGGAGAAGUUACAAAACCUAACAUCUCUCUCCUCCGAUACAACCUUUUCUGAUUCUUCCGAAUCCCUAAUAUCAGAUCAGUACUCAAACCCUGAACAGAUUAUCCUCUCUCGAUCUUUAGAAACUCCAGAGUUUUAUAAUGUUCCCUUGAAAUCGGUCGAGGAGAGGACGGAUGAACUCAGGGUUCAGAUUCUCAAGGACAAGGUGAGAAGAUUUAGAGACAAGAUGGAGCAACUCAAAUCAAACUAAAACCAUGAGUGGAAACAGAAACCAGAGAAAUGUACAAACGAGGCAUUUAAAUUACUUUUGGCACAAUUUAUUUUUGGUUUCUGACUUUAAAUGACUGAUAAAGGGACCCGGUUGUGCUUAGCUAGUCGAAAUAUGUAUUUAUUUGUAUUUUAUAUUUUCGUGGAAAUUUUUUUUUCCUAUAGAAAAUAAAUAUUUGAUUAAG